GGCCGAAGCUCAGUGUCUCUCCCGCUGUGGCUCGGUGAGCAGUGCUGUAGCUCGUCCCUCAUCUGCCUUAUGUUUUGAAAGCUCCUUGGCAUCUUCACGUCGUUAUCUCUUUGCGGUAUUUACAGGAGGCGGCAAUAACGAGUAGGAGUUGACGGUGGGAAUACCUAGGCUGGCCUGCAGCAGUAAAGCAUUGUCGUCUGCAGGCAGGUCUCGCUCAGCUGAUUUCGACAGAGUGUUUGAAUGGUUAUCUCUUAAGGAGACAGCCUAGGACCAGUAAUCCAGCAGGGUGACCAUUAUAUGAGGGUUGUGCUACAAAUCUGUGGAGCGGUAUGGUAGGUGGGGGUGUGGGCAAGCUGCAAGGUGCAGGAGGGGCAAUUCAUAAUACACUUGACUAUGGCCCCUCACCGCCCUUGGCCGCUGCUCCUCACACCACACCACACCCUACACUGCAACCCAUUACCACAGCCACUGAUCACCUCUCUUAUAUGGCAAGUGGAACACUAAGUGAAACUCUGUACUCCUCCCUGAGAAGUAUCUAUGAGAGAAUGACUAACUACACAAAUUCAUGUCAAGCCAACUGCUCUGGCCGUGGCGAGUGCCUAAAUGGUACUUGCUUUUGCCUGGUUCAGUAUGAAGGGGACACAUGCAUGGAUCCCAAUCUUGCAUACUUUAUCAGCUUUGCUACUGUAUUUUACCUGAUAUCUGUUGUAAGCUUGGCCCAGUUGGUGGUGUGUAUUCGGGCAGAAUAUAUGAAACAAAAAACUCCAUCCCUCAGGAGGGCAUGUCGAGUCACCACCCAGAAGUUGUUAUAUGUUAUCACCUUUGUUGCGGCCACCCUCAGAGGGGUAUACUUCUCAUCCCCUUCAAAUGCUGAUCUGAUGUUGGCACCGUCAUUCAGAAGUGCCUUCUACCCCAUCAUCCUCAGUGCAGGCUCCCUCAUUGUCUGCUUCUGGGCAGAGGCAUUCCACUUACGAGACAUCAGAUGUGAACGACCAAGGUUUCUCAGCAAGUCCUUCUGUGGUUUUCUGACCUUCAAUAUUGUGACAUAUUCCCUCCUGGUGGCAGAAAUUCUUCUUACCAGGGAAGCGCAAACCCAGGAAGAGAGGAGUUUUUUAAGUCACGUGUUUAAUGGCUGCUAUGCUGUCUUGCUGUUCAUAGUAGUCGUGUUCUUCUUAAUAUAUGGAGUUGAAGUGUACUUUAAGGUACGUGGGGGCUUCGUAAGUGACACCAUUAUUGUGGGCAACGUUCAUUCUCGAACCCCUCCCCAAGACCAUCACCUUCCUCCCCUCCUUGAUCCUGUUGAUCCAGAUUCCCUACAAUCUCCAUCCUCAUCCUCACUUGAUCCUCUCACUGUACCUUCCCCAAAGAAGUCUUCCUCUAAAUCAACACCAUCUGUGGUUAAACCUUCAAGGGAGCAAGAACAGGAUCCAUCCACCCAACGCCUUGUGGCAGAGCAGUUACAGGUGGUCGGGGAGUUUACUGGUGAAGCUCCUCCACACAGAGGCAUUGAUCAAUCACAGCUUCAUCAGUCCCGGUUUGGGCUGGUGUUUCAAGCCUGUAUGUUGAUGAUCACUGUCUGCUUCCUCUUUUCUGAUGUGCUGGGAGGAUUUUGGAAAAAUAGGGUUCCACUAAUGUCUAGAAAUGCAUAUGACAUUAUCUUUCGUGUCGUGGAGCUUGGGGUGGCAUUAUGGUUUCCGUGUGUCUUGUGGAACUGCAUGUCCCCAGAACAGUUGUGGAUCCUUAAUCCUAAAAAAAUUUUGAAGAGGCUUGACAUUGAUAGAUCACUGGAGCUUGGGCAACCUGUAACGCAAAGCGGUGAAGGAGUCUCUGGCGAGGGAAGUGCAGAAUGCUGGAUAUGCUAUGACACAGAACGCACAGAUGCAGGCCCUCUCAUCCAGCCGUGUGACUGCCGGGGUGAUGUUGGCGCUGUGCACCAUAAUUGCCUCCGUAAAUGGCUCAUGGAGUGUGCUGAGAAUUCUUCAGAAAAUUUAUCAUGCAAAGUGUGUGGGGCAGUGUAUCAGCUGGAGAAGGGUCGGGCAUGGUGGAUUGGCCAGGGGUUCACAGCACGGCACUGGCUGCAAACUGCCUCCCUGGUCACGGUCAUGUGUGGCACCAUAGCGGGUACUUGGGCUGUUGUUCAGAUGUACGAUGAUGCCUACAUUAGAUCCCUGGCUGCUGGAGCCACUCUCUUAAUCAUAUAUGUUUGUUUAAGGUUUUUAGGAUUCAAUACCUUCAGUGCAUACCAGCGAGCAAGAUACUCGGCUGUUAAAAUCCUCGGACGGCAUUUUGCUCAGCGAGACCAUGGCAGCACUUCUGGGGUAUCUGCAGCAACAGCAAAUGUUGCAACUAUCAGUUCCGAAGUAUCUGUGGACAUGAAUGCCACUGGUGUCCCUAAAUUACCAGAAGCCACCAUCUGAACUUAACCAAUUGGUGAGGAAAUAAGACAGUAGCAGAAGUAAUUCCAUAAAAUAAGUGAAUAAUAUAUUGGUGGUGAUAGUGCAUCAGACAAAAGUAAAGCAGUAUGGAUUUUUCUGCUUACAGAAAAUAAGUGAAUGCUGGCAUUCUCUAGUGAUUAAAAGAUUAUAUUAUUAUAGAGAGUAGUUGUCUUGUGCAAGAUAAUAUUUUAGAAUAGAUGAAAACCCCCGGUUGAAAAGGCUGUACACAGACAAGAUGAUUCCUUUAAAUUUCAGUAUGCUUAUUUACUGGUAGACAGACAUUAGUAUGUAAUACAAUACAGUACAGUACUUAUUAACUGCUUACGAAUUAAUUCCUUUAAACUUGACUGAUGCAGUUACGAAAUAAAAGAUAAGAGAUUGGGUUGCACCAGUUGGAGCUGCUGUUUGUAUCUGAGCAAAAAUCUGACAAUUGUGAAAAAUUUCAAUGAAUAUUUUUCAAGGCUACUAACAGUCAGUGUAGAGCUGUGUGUAGACUAUAAUUUUCAGUAUGGUUUUCAUAUUGCCACAAAUUAUGAUCCCAUAUUUCUAGUACCAUGAUACUUUUUUUUAAUAAAACUACAGUAGACUAGUUAAUUCAGCAUAUAUAUAUAUAUAUAUAUAUAUAUAUAUAUAUAUAUAUAUAUAUAUAUAUAUAUAUAUAUAUAUAUAUAUAUAUAUAUAUAUAUAUAUAUAUAUAAAAUAUAUUUCAUGAAUCACCUAAUUUAUGGUUAAUGACAUUAUAUCAUAGUACAGAGCAAAUCGAUUGAUCUGAAUUUCAUUGUUCCGAAUGUCUGCUAUAUCCAAACUAAAUACUAAAGCUAAUACUAAACUGCCUUGUGGCAACAUUAUUUGGCAGGCAGUACACCUGGUGACAUCCGAAUAGUUCACUCGCUCAUCAAGAAUAAACCUGCGCUAACUACACUUUAUGAUUGCUAUAUUGAGCCCUGACAUGAUACCUUCAUUAAGAAAAGGGGCAAGUAAACUUUCUCUAAAGUUGAAAGAUGUACAAGAAGUCUCUUUCUUGAGCUGAUGGGUUUGAGCUAUGAAAAAAGACAGAGACCAGGCCGCCUCACCACACUGGAGGAAAGGAGAGGAGGAGUUCUUCUUUCUCCCUUUUUUUCCCCAUUUAUAAAUGAGGAUUUUAUUUCUUAUAAAAUUUUAAGAUGAAUUGACAAAGACAAAG